GGUGGUGGGAGUGGAGGAGUGAAUCGUCUUCAUUUUAACCUUGUGUGGAAGUGGUGUGAUCUGGGUUCAGAAGCCCCCUCUCAACCCAGGACUGUCAAUGGCAGGAUACCAGCUCUGGUCACCAUGGACCCCACUGGACGAGAGCUUCCAAUGGCUGCGGCACACAACACCUACAUCUUCUUCAAAGCACCCUUUUAGGGCUUCCCCCUGCUUCCCACAUACCCCUUCUGACCUUGAAGUGCAGCUGUGCUUUCAAGAGGUCACUCUAGUUCUAGACAGCCCAUUCCUGGAGCCUGGGGUGAGUCCCAAGUUACCCUGCCACACAUCAGAGCUCCAAACCAUGAACAACAAGAAAGGGCUGGUCAGGAAGCCCCAGCCUGUCCGCCUCAGUGGAGUGGAUUCCGUGUUUGGCAGGGUCAUCACAGCUCAGCCACCAAAAUGGACCGGAACCUUCAGAGUUUCAGACAAAUCAGCCUUUUGCAAAAUCAUCAGCCGGGAGCACCAGUGGCCCACUGGACUUAAGGAACCUCAAAUUCAGAUGACGGUGACCAUGUGCAAACAGAUGCUGCGCUCUAUCCUCUUACUGUAUGCAACAUACAAGAAGUGCACUUUUGCCUUACAACACUCCAAGUAAAGGGUUCCCAUCUGAUUCCUGUUCCUUAUACCAUGCCCUUUUACUAUGUGUCUGAAGUUCACAGAAACCUGUCUGUGUAAAGGAAACUGACAUCACCCCAGCAAUCUUGCUUUUCUGUCACACAGUGACAAUUCAGGAACCCCUUUAUUUCCUUUCCCCUCCAAAGAAGGCCAGUGACCGGAGCAAGGGAGAACAUUUCCACUGUAAAGCUGAACAACAUUUAAAAGAGAGUCAAACUAGCGUUAACAUGUACAUGUGAUGAACCAUUAAACCAUAUAAACCAA